AUGAAAGUCACGAAAAUUGAUAGAACACGUACAAAACAAUCGCUCUGUGACCGCUCGCUCAGUCAUGCGGGAUUAGAUGAUACUCUGUGGAGUAAACUUUUUAAAUCAAAAGCGAGCGAUUUCGAGAACGAAGCUUUAGACGUUCAUAACGAAUACAGAAGAGAACAUGGCACACCGCCAUUAGUCCUUAAUAAAGAUAUCUGCAAAGUAAGUCAAAAAUGGGCCGAUGAGUUGGCCAAAAAGGACUCUAUGUCCUAUAGUUUAAAUCCAGAUUACGGUGAAAGUGUAUAUUGUGGUUGGUCAUCGGACCCAAAUGUUAAGAUCAGAGCACGUGACUGCAUAGACAGAUGGUACAGCGAAAUAAAUGAAUACUCAUUUGGAAAAGAACCGGAAGUAUUAAAUUGCGGACAUUUUACACAAUUAAUCUGGAAGAACACACAAGAACUUGGAAUUGGAUGUGCAAAGAGUAAAUCUGGUAAGCUGUACGUAGUAGCUAAUUACUACCCUCCAGGAAACUAUGGUGAACAAUUUGUUAAAAACGUUCCACCGCCGGGUGCAUUUCAAUUUAAAUCUACUUUUAACGAUGAAUCUAGUAGUAGUACUCCUUAUGAAUCUAAUAAUAACGUGCCUUCAUCGCCACAAAGAACCAGCAAAAAUCUAACUGAUUACGCCGCUGAUUUGGUGACUAAAUUAAAGUCAACUACAAUAUCAUCAGAUAAAUUUGAAGAAGAAUUUUUAAAUGCUCACAAUGAAUAUCGCAGUAAACAUCGUGUCCCUCCGCUAGUUCUGAAUAAAAAACUUAACAAGUAUGCUGAGGAAUGGGCCAAAACUAUAUCCAAAAAUGGAAGAGUUGAACAUAGAGAUCAAAAUGAGUAUGGUGAGAAUAUAUUCUAUGCUUGGUCAUCCGAUCCAAACUUUGUUUUAACUGGAAGAGAUCCAGUAGACAAAUGGUAUAGUGAGAUUCAGAAUCAUGAUUUUGGCAAAGAGCCGGAUAAUUUAGGCUCAGGUCAUUUCUCCCAGGUUGUUUGGGAAGAUACUAUGGAGGUUGGUGUAGGUUAUGCGAAAACAAAAGAAGGACACGUGUAUGUUGUAGCAAACUAUCACCCUCCAGGUAAUGUAAUCGGUAGUUUUGCGACUAAAGUUCGUCCGCCUGUUUAUUAA